AAUCUCGUAAUUCUGUUUGGAAAAAAAAUGAGCACGACUGCAGAAGCAACCGUCAAGCCGCCUCCGAUGAAGUCGGCAAAUUACUUUGCGCUCCAAACAGCGUUUGAGAAUGCCUUGGAAAAGGCCAUCAAGGACAACAGCGUGGAGAUGCUUGUUAAGGAGUACAACAGCUACACUGCCAACUCCGAGCACGACAAGCGUCUGCCUAUGGACCAUGCCUUUCGAGUGCUCCUCAUGAAGCGCCUGAAAGACGACGUCAAGCGAAUCGGUGAUCUGGUGCGUCUCUCUGUGGAAGCCACUCGGGCUGAAAUCGUGUCCAACACCAUUCCCGUAGUGCUCCUUAUAGACACUUUCGAUGUGGUCACCCUGGAUAGGUGUCAGGAGAUCUUUAAGUUUGUGGAGGAACUGGUGGAUGUGUGGAAGGAGGAGAUAUUCUUUGCUUCCUGCAAAAAUAACAUAUUGCGAAUGUGCAACGACCUUCUGCGUCGCCUGUCCCGUACACAGAACACAGUCUUCUGCGGUCGCAUUUUGCUCUUCCUCUCAAAGUUCUUUCCGUUCUCCGAGCGGUCUGGCUUGAACAUUGUUUCCGAGUUCAAUUUGGACAACUUGACAGAGUAUGGACUGGAUAGUAGGGAUCACGAUGACACUGACAAUAAAGAGCUUGAGGACACUGCCGAGGACAUCCCCCUCAAGAUUGAUUAUGAUCUGUAUUGCAAGUUUUGGUCGCUUCAGGACUUUUUUCGCAAUCCCAAUCAAUGUUACGGCAAGGCGCAGUGGAAGAUGUUUCAUAUGCACGCGGACAACAUACUUCAGUCAUUUGCCAGCUUCAAGCUGGAAGACGUGCGUCCGAGCAACAGCGAGAACGGCAGCGAGGCAGAUCAGGCGAUGGAUGUAGACGAUGACAUUGUGGAUGCCGCAGUGGCAUCCACCGUGAGCAAAGCGAAUCACUUUUUUGCCAAGUUUCUAACCAAUCCCAAGCUACUAGCACUCCAGCUCUCCGAUUCGAAUUUCCGGCGUGCCGUCCUGGUGCAGUUCCUCAUACUCUUUCAGUAUCUUCAAGUCAGCGUCAAGUUUAAAAUCGACACAUACACCUUAACAACCGAACAGGCUGAUUUCAUUAAAGACACGGAGCCGCGAGUGUAUAAACUUCUGGAAGAGACCCCGCCAUAUGGCAGGCGCUUUGCCCGAACGGUUCAUCAUAUGUUGGUGCGCGAGGAGAUGUGGAACAACUGGAAGAACGAGGGCUGCAAAGAGUUCAAGAAGCCGGAAGAUCCUCCGUCGAACGACGAAGACAACAAGCCUCCUCCCGCGAAGCGACCAAAGCGUCCACUCGGCGAUUCCCUGCGCGAUGCUGCGCGUAAUGGCAAGUUUUUCCUUGGCAACGAGAACCUGACCCGUUUAUGGAACUACUCGCCGGACAACUUACAGGCCUGCAAAAGUGAGCAGCGCAACUUCCUGCCCUUACUGGAAACGUAUUUGGAAACGCCUCACGAUAAGAUUGAUCCAGCCUUCGAGUGGCGUGCUCUGCGUUUACUUGCCCGACAAACUCCCCAUUUCUUCACUUCGCCCUCACAGCCGUCUAGCAAGAUUUCCGACUAUUUGGAGCAAGUGCGCAAGCGUCUCGUACGCGACAGAGAGCCCAAGCAAAGCGCCCCGGUAUCCAGCAAUGCAUCAGAGCAGAACAACGGCCUGGCAGCAAAAAGUACACCCGCAGAAAAUGAGCAGGAUGCGGGUAUGGCGCUGCAAGAAGCAGAGCCAGAGCAGGAUCUCGAGGUGGAAGACACAGAUCCCGUUGUAGAGGAAGUGGAAGAGAAUCCGGGCCAUGAGAAGUCAUUGAUGGUCACCGCCAAGCAUAUCGAGGAGGUGGCACCGCUCAUUGGCGAGCCCUGGAUGAAGGUGGGCAAAAAGAUAGGAUUCACCAAUGACGAACUGCUGUUCUAUCAAAUGGAGCAUCCCACCGCCAGUGUUGCCUGCUCGAAAAUGCUGUGCACUUGGAUCUCAGAGGAUGACGAUGCCACGCUGGAAAACUGGGCCUAUAUGCUUGAGGGCCUGGAGAUGAACCAGGCGGCCGAUGCCGUAAAGGCCAUCAUCGAAAAAGAAAAAUCUGGAUCUUCUGGAACGACUGCCACUGUUGAGCAGUCGCAGCUCGAAGAUGACAACGAUGUCGAAGUGUUAUCCGACUAGGAUGACCCAAAACCGCCCGCAGUUUUAAGUUUAGCAUCGUUUCAUUCAUCAAAAAUUCCUUUAUCACAAGUAAACGUAUGGGCCUGUUCAUAGUCGAA